AUGAUCCUAAUCAUAGAUGUGUACGAAAUACCUGCAGAAAAGAUCAUUCAACAUAUUUACGGCACAAAAAUGUUCAAGGAGAUAACCGAGAAGGAAAGUGUACCGAAUAUUGAAUCUAGUGCUAUUUUUCAACAUCUGAAUGCAGUAAGAACGGCCGAUCCUGCUAAUUUUUUUGUGAGAAGCGAAAAUUACGACUGUAAAACCUUAAGUAAAUUGAAGUAUUACUUCGAUGAAGUAUGCGAAGUAAGUGGUACACUCCUAAAGAUAACCGAGAAGAAAAAAAGAGAAGUAAGAUUUUAUGAUAUAGUGAGAGACGAGAAGGAAAUAGUUGACUUUGUGAGAAUAAAAGAUGACUUGGGAGAGAAAGUAGGCGGAACAGCUAUAUCACGAACGAUAAAACCAUACUUAGAUGCUCAGGAAGAUGAAGUUGUGUUGUUUCCGAGUGAUGAGGAGUAGAGUGAACAAAUGCGUGUUAAAAUGCUUUCUGUAGUUUGCAGUACAUGUGAAACCCAGAAAAUAAGAUAAAUUGCCUUCUAAUCUUUAUUUGCGACACGAAUGGUGCCUUUGAUCUCGUAUAUUUUUGAUAAUAAGAUUUUCCGCUUUUUCCGCCCGCGAAGGCAUUUCAUGGCUGUAUUUUUG